AUGAGCUCGCCCGCAAACCCUCCUGGUCCUCUCACCCCCCCUGCAGAACCCUCCUCACAGGCGCCUCAAACCGCGCAAGCCUCCCAAGCAACAGCACAACCUCAAGUGGAAGCACUCCUCUCACAACCCCUAACCUCACUACAAGACGAUGGGAGUUCAAACAGACCACGAGAUCACCGCCUGAUCCAUCUCCUCCUUGUUUCUCACGGCAUCGCAGCAUAUCAGCAACGCGUUCCCCUCCAACUGAUGGAUUUUGCCUACCGAUACACCAGUUCUGUCCUGAGUGACGCCUUACACAUUCAAAACGAAGCCUACGACCAAGCCGACGGAGGUGCUCAGACUAAAGGUCGAGGAGCCAAGCAGAAUCAGAACAAAGGCGAAGAAGGGGACAUAAGCCUGGCUGCUCUGCGCAUGUCAAUAGGGUCGAGAAUGGGUCACCAGUUCCAGGGAAGUCUACCAAAGGAGUUUCUCAAACAACUAGCCGACGAGAGGAAUCGAAUAUCACUACAGGCUCAAACGAGGGAUAGUGAGAAGGCCGGGCCCAUGAUAGGGGGCGUCCGACUUCCUCAUGAAAAAUACUGCCUGACCGGUGUUGGCUGGGGUUUGAAAGAUGAAUGGGACAGUGACGGCGAGGAAAGCGUUGAUCAACCCGAAAAAGAAGAGCGACCCGAGCCAGAGGAUCUCAUGCAAAUGGAUGACAAGGAAGGGGACGAGGACGACGAGGGCUUGGGCACAAUGGAGGACGUGUUCGGUCCAGACGAUGGAGGCGGUGACAAGGAGGCGGAUGCCGAUGGCGAUGUAGACCUGUCGUAG